AGAUACAAGUCAUAGUGGCGCAUGUCUGUAUUAAAUCCAGCAAAAUAAUGGAAUUCGAAGGCUUGUCUAAAAGCGCAUGCGCAGUGGCCAGUCCCACGCCAUCAGGAAACGAAUGAAACAAGCGCGAGGAUCGUUUGGACAUGGAUUCUGCAUGGACAGCUUUUGAUGUGGUAACUCAGACUAUGCUUCAAAAAGCAUUUGACGAUCCCAAGACAGUUGAUUUGGAGAAGCUGUCUAACGCCAUUGUAGACCAGUCAUUGAAAGACCUCUCAUUCUGUAAAGAUGCUGGCCGCAUGUGUUAUGCUGUAGUUCAGGCAGAAGCUCAGAAAGCUGCAACCAGUGUAUUCAGGCGAAAUCUGUUGACACGUUUACAGCAGGAGUUCACUGCCAGAGAACAGACUCGAAACCGCUCCGUGCGGGAGUGGGUGUGUUUGGUCACAUUUAUCUGCAGCAUAUUUGAUUACAUCAAGGUGAACAAUGCUCCUCUUGUGGCCCUUGUGGAUCCUGUAUAUGACUGCCUCUAUAGGUUGGCUCAGCCAGAUGCCCUGAUUAAUGAGGAAGAGGUGGACUGCCUGGUUGUACAGCUCCAUCGUGUUGGCGAGCAGCUGGAGCAAACAAACUCCCAGCGCAUGAACCAGCUGUUUUACUUGCUACGGGAUGGUUUUCUCCUUCAGGAAGACCUCAGCUCCAUGACAAGACUCUUGCUUCUGGAGAUCUUGGAGUUCAGGGCCAGUGGCUGGACCCUUACUGACACUGCACACAAGUACUACUACAGUGAAGUAGCUGACUGAGAGGGACUGAGAAGAGAAUGAUGUUCCUUGUUACCAUUUGGAUUUCAAGCAUUCCGUGUUCGCAGAAGGUCUAAAGAGUACUUCAUGGGAGAAAGAAGUGGAAUCCCCGUGUAAUAGUACUGUGGAGAAUUAUGGCAGAGCUUGUGCUCGUGCAUUUUGCAUGUGUUGUGUUCAGCGUUUGAGUUUAGCACAGAAUGUUCAGUUUUUGUGUUCUCUUUUGAAGUCAGGAUCAUGGAUCUGCACUGGAUAUUGAUUUGAUGCAAUAAGAAAAGCAAUCGCUAUCAGCUCCAAAAACUGUGAGCCACCAGCAGUGUUCUUGAAUGGCAGUUGUCUUUUCUGGAUUUUGUUAUUCUUAGAGGUUUGAUACAGUGCACACUCUUUGUAUUUUUACAGUCAACCUCAGAGGAAGAUUGUCUGACCUUUACCUGUGUUGUUAAUAUAAUAGGAUAAUAGGAUUUUAUAUUUGUUUAUAAUGCUACAUUGUUAAAGUUUCUCUAUGGGUCAGGAUGUGUGAAAAAUGUUCAGUCAUUUUGGCUGCUGUAAGUUUAUUUUACAAAAUUUGAGGGCAUUUACAUUGUCUUGUUUAGAUACUAUAACGUCUGCUAUUUUGAAUUUCAUAAAUACAGGUUUUGCUCUCUCUGUCUCUCUCUUUUUGCCAACUUGGAAGGAUUUUGUAAAGUGCAUUGAUAUAGAAAGGAAUUAACAGUAUGAACAGAUUA